GAACAGAACAUUUGUUUUGCAUAAUUAAAUGCAGUCAUGUUAUUAACUUAUUAAAUUGUGGGUUGAUGGGGGGAUAUAUACUGCUCAUCUUCAUUUGACCAAUUGACAGCUUCAUUAUUUAUUUAAUAUACUUUCAGUUUUGUUAAAUGUAAUUUAACAAAAUUGUGUAAAUGGGGCUCCAUUUACACAAAUGCAUUGCUGUACAAAUUUAAUCCAAAUUUUAUGUAUCUCUUCACAAGGACUUUUCAUUGACUUCCAUCCAUUUUUCAUUCAUUUACACUAGCAACCAUUACCACUUCAUACUUUACCCUAAACCUCACCUAAACUCAAUUCACACUUUAGUCCUCAACCCAAAAAGAACACAUCUUCACCUUUUUUAUGUCAAAUGGAAACCACAUUCUAAAAUAAAUAUGUAAACUGUAAAUUGAUUUUGACUAUCAAAGUUCAAACUAUUCUAUCAAACAGUAUAUUCAAUAAAAAGAAAAAAACAUUUAAAAAAAUGUGUCGCGUGAUAUUUCUCUUACUUCAAAUGCAUUAUUUCAACCUGAAAUUAAUUAAAUUGGGAGAAAUUUUAGAUUGUCGUUAAACUACAGAGUGACUCUUCGUUCUUUUAGACGAUCUUUGCACAUUACAAUGACGUUCUCUGAUUGUUGGAGCGAUGUUUUUUCCCUGUCUUUUCCAGCUGUCAAACCGGCGUCCUCGUUGUGGGUUAAAAUGACUUUAAAGUCUAUCAGAAGACCACAGAACUGAUUUGCCGUCUUUUUUUGUUGUUGUUGUUUUUCUUCGAACAUUUACGGGCAUGUUGACAAACAUCAACAGGUUAAACUUUGGGAUAUGUCCCAAACACACGCGCUCGUAGCUAGCUAGCAUAAAUAAUUUAUCAAUAAUAAGUUAAUAACUGUGGAAGUUGUCAUGGACGCCGGAGGAGAGACGACCAGCGACAUUCGGACCGUUUACGGGGCUGUUUCUGGGAAACCGAACCUAGAACCGACGGGGCUGCUGUGUUUUAAAGUUUACAAGAGGAGGUGGUUUGUGCUGCUGGUGCUGUGUCUGUUGAACUGCUCCAACGCCACGCUAUGGCUUACCUUUGCACCAGUUGCACAUCAGUCAGGCCAGUACCUAACGGUCAGCCUGGAGGGCAUUAACUGGCUGUCACUGGUUUUCAUGGUGGUUGCCAUUCCGCUCAGCUUCGGGACCACCUGGAUGUUGGACACCCUCGGUUUACGGAUCACGCUCAUCCUGGGAUCCUGGCUGAACAUGCUUGGAGCUCUGCUGCGUUUCCUCGGCACGCUGCCGCCGGCUCGAUUUAAGUUUCCAGCAGUGAUGCUGGGUCAGACGCUCGGCGCCCUCGCCCAGCCCCUCAUCAUCUUCGCCCCCACCAAGCUGGCCGCCCUCUGGUUCCCCGACAGCCAGCGAGCUACAGCCAACAUGAUCGCCUCCAUGUCGAAUCCCCUGGGCAUUCUGCUCGCCAACAUUAUUUCUCCUGUCAUCGCCGAAACAUCGGCUCAAAUCCCAAAACUGCUGCUGGCCUAUGCUGUCCCAGCAUGCAUCACCUGUCUCCUAGCAACAGUGGGUAUACGGAGCGGCAAACCCCCAACGCCACCGUCAGCCGGCGCCGAGAGCUCCGGAUCUGAGCCGUUCAUUCAGGGACUGAAACUGUUACUGAGGAACAAAGCGUACCUCAUCCUGCAGCUGUGCUUCGGCUCCGGCAUCGCUGUCUUCACCUGCUUCUCCACGCUGCUGGACCAGAUCCUGUGUGUGAAGGGAUACAGCAACGACUUCGCAGGCCUUUGCGGCGCUCUCUUCAUCGUCUUCGGCAUUGUUGGCGCCGGUGCCGUCGGCGUCUACGUGGACAAGACGAAGAAGUUCACCGAGGUCACAAAGAUCGGCCUGGGCCUCUCCACUCUGUCGUGCAUCGCCUUCUCAGUGGUGAGUCUGAUGCCUCAUCAGAAGGUCGCCGUCGCAGUCGUCUGCUCUCUCUUCGGCUUCUUCGGUUUCUCCAUCUACCCUGUUGCCAUGGAGCUGUCCGUGGAGAGUUCGUACCCGGUCGGAGAGGCCACCUCGGCUGGACUCAUCUUUGCUUCAGGGCAGGUGCAGUCGGUUGUUUACAUCGUCCUGCUGCAGGCUUUGACCAAACCGAUCACCGAAUCUCCGCUCUCCACCUGCGGAGACGCAGUGCUGAGCUGGAAAGUGCCCAUGGUGGUGAUGGCAGGACUGUCCAGUUUUUUCACCUGCUGCUUCCUCGUCUUCUUCCAAACCCGCUACAGACGGCUGGAGGCGGAAGAACAAGCUGCUUACGGGACCAGAGAGAAUAACGACACGACCACUUCCUACCAAAUAGUCGAGAACUGAAGGAAAUGGAAACGAGAGACGGUUACGGUUUGGAUCCAGCCUCCAUGAAGUGUUAUUGCUGUCGAUAAGUGCAACAAGAUUCUCUGAUAAUGAUUCAUGGUUAUUUAAACAGAACCAGGAACAAUUUAUUCAUGCAUUCUGUUGCUUCAAAAGAGAAAUGAAGCCAUUUGAAUUUCCUGCACUGUAAUGCAAAAACAAAAAAUCUUACCACUUGAAAUAAGAUAAAAACUUAACUUACAGGUAACCUUUCAGUAAAUAAUUGCUUAAUAUGGAGGAAAAAGUACUGGCAGAUUAUUUCACUUUGUAAUUUUCACAAGUUACAAAGGAGUUAAUCUGCAAAUAGAAUUAUUCAUUUUUCAUUAAUAUUAAGGAUUCGUUUGCUUAAAACAAGCUUCUGCAUCUUGCUGAAAAGUUUUGCUUAUUUGCACUAGAAACUAGACCAAAAAUAUUUGGUAAUAUUUUGUGUUUUUGCACCACUGGGGCAUUUUAGUUGUCUUGUACUCAUUUUCUCAUUAAUGUACAUAAUUUAAAUACUUAAACUGCUAAUUUUGUACAAUAAUUUAAUCACUGCUGUCUCUGUUUCCAUCCUGUGUUUGUUUUGGCUUCCGUCACACUGAACCAUCCAGGGUCUGGUGGGAAGGAGGCCUUUGCUGAUAAAUCUUAAGACAACGUGUUUCAUACUUUAAACUUAUGACGGAGAGAAAAGGCUCACCAGGUUUACUGACAGAAGAAAUCAGGGUACUUUUUAACAUAAAUAAAAUACCUCAUUGAUUAUGUGCUGAAGUAGAAAAACAAAAAAGGAUUAGAAACACUUGCAGGGUUGUUGCACUAAACUAAACCUUCCCAGGAAAGCAACACUGAACAACUUUCUUAGUUAGUAGUAUUAUUUAAACAUGUUGUAAAAAAAAUGUGUUGCCAUCUCAGAGCUUAAAAAAUGUAAAAAAUACAUUUGACUAGCUUUGGUUAACUUAGCAUCAUGAUAAACAGUAUUUAUUGAAACUGGAACUGUGCCAAUAUUUGAUGUUAAAAUCCAACUUUUAUAAUUGUACAACUUGUAUCAACUUAAUAAAAUUGUUUCUUUUGGAUUGCUGUCAUGAUUUAAAACUGUAAUUUAAAUGGCUAUUUGUUUGUGGAGAGUUUAACUUUUUUCUCAGCUUGAAAACAUUUUUUAUUGGAUAAAGCAAGGAUAAUUUUUAUGCAAUUUAGUAAUGUUUUUCUGAGUUAUAUUAUAAUUUUAAAUCUGACAUUUGUACAUAAAUAUUUCUUUCACGUAGAUGUCAUGUUUUAAACAGAGGUCAGUUGAAUCAGGUAUUUUCAAUGUAUCCACAUUACCUAAAAACUGUAGAGUGGCUCAUCGUUUUUAUAGAAGAUCUUUGUACGGUACAGCGACAGUUUGAUUGUUCGCCAAGUUUUCCUUCCUGUACAUUUGUAAUAUAAAAUGAGCUUUUCUAACUGAAACUUCAAUAAAGUCUUUCCAUGUACUUCAUCAA